AUGGUCAGUCUGUGGGGGCGUGGUCUAUCUGUAGGGGCGUGGUCAGUUUGUGGGGGCAUGGUCAGUCUGUGGGGGCGUGGUCUAUCUGUAGGGGCGUGGUCAGUUUGUGGGGGCAUGGUCUGUCUGUGGGGGCAUGGUCAGUCUGUGGGGGCGUGGUCUAUCUGUAGGGGCGUGGUGUCAGUUUGUGGGGGCAUGGUCUGUCUGUGGGGGCAUGGUCAGUCUGUGGGGGCGUGGUCUAUCUGUAGGGGCGUGGUCAGUUUGUGGGGGCAUGGUCUGUCUGUGGGGGCAUGGUCUGUCUGUGGGCAUGGUCAGUCUGUGGGGGCGUGGUCAGUCUUUGGGGGCGUGGUCAGUCUGUGGGGGCAUGGUCAGUCUGUGGGAGCGUGGUCUGUCUGUGGGGGCAUGGUCAGUCUGUGGGGGCAUGGUCAGUCUGUGGGAGCGUGGUCAGUCUGUGGGAGCGUGGUCAGUCUGUGGGGGCAUGGUCAGUCUGUGGGAGCAUGGUCAGUCUUUGGGGGCGUGGUCAGUCUGUGGGGGCAUGGUCUGUCUGUGGGGGCAUGGUCAGUCUGUGGGAGCGUGGUCAGUCUGUGGGAGCGUGGUCAGUCUUUGUGGGCGUGGUCUAUCUGUGGGGGCAUGGUCAGUCUGUGGGGGCAUGGUCAGUCUGUGGGAGCGUGGUCAGUCUGUGGGAGCGUGGUCAGUCUGUGGGGGCAUGGUCAGUCUGUGGGAGCGUGGUCUGUCUGUGGGGGCAUGGUCAGUCUGUGGGAGCGUGGUCAGUCUGUGGGAGCGUGGUCAGUCUUUGUGGGCGUGGUCUAUCUGUGGGGGCGUGGUCAGUCUGUGGGAGCGUGGUCAGUCUGUGGGGGCAUGGUCAGUCUGUGGGAGCGUGGUCAGUCUUUGUGGGCGUGGUCUAUCUGUGGGAGCAUGGUCAGUCUGUGGGAGCGUGGUCAGUCUUUGUGGGCGUGGUCUAUCUGUGGGAGCGUGGUCAGUCUUUGGGGGCGUGGUCUGUCUGUGGGGGCGUGGUCAGUCUGUGGGAGCGUGGUCAGUCUUUGUGGGCGUGGUCUAUCUGUGGGGGCGUGGUCAGUCUUUGGGGGCGUGGUCAGUCUGUGGGGGCAUGGUCAGUCUGUGGGAGCGUGGUCAGUCUUUGUGGGCGUGGUCUAUCUGUGGGGGCGUGGUCAGUCUUUGGGGGCAUGGUCUGUCUGUGGGAGCGUGGUCAGUCUGUGGGGGGCAUGGUCAGUCUGUGGGGGCAUGGUCAGUCUGUGGGGGCGUGGUCUAUCUGUGGGGGCAUGGUCUGUCUGUGGGGGCAUGGUCAGUCUGUGGGAGCGUGGUCUGUCUGUGGGCAUGGUCAGUCUGUGGGGGCGUGGUCAGUCUUUGUGGGCGUGGUCUAUCUGUGGGGGCAUGGUCAGUCUGUGGGGGCAUGGUCAGUCUUUGGGGGCGUGGUCAGUCUGUGGGGGCAUGGUCUGUCUGUGGGGGCAUGGUCAGUCUUUGGGGGCGUGGUCAGUCUGUGGGGGCAUGGUCUGUCUGUGGGGGCGUGGUCAGUCUGUGGGGGCAUGGUCAGUCUUUGGGGGCGUGGUCUAUCUGUGGGGGCAUGGUCAGUCUGUGGGGGCAUGGUCAGUCUUUGGGGGCGUGGUCAGUCUGUGGGGGCAUGGUCUGUCUGUGGGGGCGUGUCGGAGAGUUUACGGAGAAAUAUCAGUGUCUGUUGUGGGCGUCAGGAGGUACGUGAGGUCUCUCUGCACAGUGCGUCUCACACCAGGGGCACAGGCACUUUACCAUGAGCGGUGUUUCCCAGUCUCAGGCUCCCAGCUGGUGCCACUGUAG